ACUAUUUAUCAGACAAAUAACAUUAUCAAUAUCACGAAGUUUGGUUAUGUUUUGUAAACAUUUUCACAAUUUGGAAUACUAAGUACUGUAAGUAAAUAUUAAAACACUUUGUUGGGUUUAAUAUUGUGCUUUAAUCGUCAUGGCGGGUCAAGGGCAUCAAUUUCCCGGCAAUUUCCAAGGGAAUGCUGGAGGAAUGAGGUCUGGUUUUGGCGCUGGACCCAUGGGAGGUCAAAUGCAGUCAAUGCCGAAUCAGCUAGCAGGCGUGAUGGGUGGUCCCAUGGGAAAUGCAGCAGGUGUGGUGGGAAUGGGGAACCCCAUGGUGCCUCCAUAUGGAAGCGCAAUGCAAAACCAAAUGGGUAACAUGGGCAUGGGACCUCAGGGCAUGGGUGUUGGUGUUGGUGGUGCUCCAGGGGGUGGAUUGGGAUCUCAAAUAGUUCAACAACCUGGUGGGAUGCAAGCUGGUGGUGCAGUGACUCCUGGCCCACCAGCUCCCUCUCAGGCCCCAGCAGCAAAUCAGCCGCAGCAGAGCAAAGAGUUCAAUACUGCUUCACUGUGCAAAUUUGGUCAAGAGACAGUGCAGGAUAUUGUGAGCAGAACACAAGAUGUGUUCCAGACAUUAAAAGCAAUUCAGCCUCCAAAUGGAACGCAGCACGGUGAGAACGCCAGCAAUGACAAAAAAGCGAAGAUGCAAGAACAAUUGCGCACAAUACGUCUCCUAUUCAAGAGAUUGCGGCUGAUAUACGAGAAAUGCAAUGAAACUUGCCAGGGAAUGGAGUACACACACAUGGAAAGCCUGAUACCUUUAAAGGACGAAGCUGAGAACAAAACAUUGGACGAGAGACGCAACACAGAGUCGUACAGACUCGCCUUAGAGGAGAAUAGGGAGUUAACUGAGCAGGUCGUUUUGAAGAAUAAACAACUGAAGGAAGUGAUAACGAAUCUAAGAACAAUUAUCUGGGAAAUAAAUGUCAUGUUAACAAUGAGGAGAUCGUGAAUUACUUUGUUAUUUGUUCCGUUUAAUAGUUCUUUGUGACAAAAAUGUAAUGUAACAUUCUUUCUGAGUGUUACGCCUGUGUUGGCGUUUCGGCAAUAUUCUUAUUACCGAAGUAGAAAACUCUAAAAGCUGGACUGUAACUGGCACUUCAGUUUCAUAGUUUAUAAUGAGGGUACCAGGAUUAUUUUUGUCACCAAUAAUUUUGUCGCCUCGAAAUAUUGUAAAGGCUGUCCAGAAAAAUUAAACAUGUAAUCAUCAUGUGGUAAAAUACUUCUUUUUCUUGGUCAGGCUACAAGGUACAUAUCUCACCAUCUCACCCUUUGUGUUACCACGUUUUUUUAAUUACAAUGACUCCCACUCUAUUCCAAGCGACAUCUGGUGAGUUUAAAUUAUUUGCUAUCAUGUUCAUUUGGGUGGAAUAACGGAAACAAGAAUGUUUUCAGCGAUGUACAAAAAAAAAAGAAAUAAAAUGGGAAACUAUUGGCAAAUAAUUAAUUGAGAUAAGCUUCUUGGCAACAAAAAAUUGUACAAUUAAGCUAAAAGUACAUACUAUCUACGUACUUUUAACUAAACUGAAGUUAUGUAAAUAUAUUUUAAUGUAAGUAAUGUAUUUAAAUAUAAGAAUUGCGAAAUUUA